AUGGCGUUUAGGUUGGACGCCAGAGAUGUAGCUGGAUUCAAAUUCCUCUUCUCCAUAGCGAUCAUGUACGGGCUUAUGUCCGCACUCGUAUACUCCGUUCUGCACAUGAAGUUCGUCAACCCCCUCGGUUUCGACGCGCCUCUCGAUCGAUUCUCUGAAGCCAGAGCCGUCGAACAUGUUCGCGUUUUGGCCGAAGAAAUCGAUGGUCGUCAAGAAGGGCGCCCUGGUUUAACAGAAGCUGCCAUGUACAUUAAAUCACAGUUGGAAGCGAUGAAGGGCAGAGCUGGAUCUGAUUUUAGAAUUGAGAUCGAAGAAAACAUCGUUGCUGGCUCCUUCAAUAUGAUGUUUUUAGGCCAUAGCUUAUCACUGACUUAUAGAAACCACACAAAUAUUGUCAUGAGGAUAUCAUCAGCAGAUUCUCAAGACACUGAUCCAUCAGUUCUAAUAAAUGCUCAUUUCGAUAGUCCAGUUGGCUCUCCGGGCGCCGGUGACUGUGGUUCCUGCGUUGCCUCAUUGCUGGAAUUAGCAAGAGUUACUAUAGACUCCGGCUGGGUGCCCCCAAGACCUAUAAUUUUUCUUUUUAAUGGCGCAGAAGAACUUUAUAUGUUGGGAUCACAUGGCUUUAUGACGUCACAUAAAUGGCGUGAUUCAAUUGGUGCUUCUAUAAAUGUGGAAGCAUCUGGAACUGGGGGUCCUGAUUUAGUCUGCCAAUCUGGACCCACUCCAUGGCCUUCUUUAGUCUAUGCUCAGUCAGCAGUAUAUCCCAUGGCAGAUAGUGCAGCUCAGGAUGUUUUCCCUGUUAUUCCGGGAGAUACCGACUACAGGAUCUUUUCCAAAGAUUAUGGCAACAUUCCCAGUCUGGAUAUCAUCUUUUUGCUUGGUGGCUAUUUUUAUCAUACUUCCUAUGAUACAGUGGACAGAUUAUUACCUGGAAGCAUGCAAGCUCGUGGAGAAAAUUUAUUCAACAUUCUUAAAGGCUUCACAAAUUCUUCUGAGCUAAGAAAUGGCAAUGAAAGAACAUCUAUUGAGGUUACUACCAAUGAAUACAAAGACGAAAAGGCGGUUUUCUUUGAUUACUUGACAUGGUUUAUGGUGUUUUAUUCGAGAAGAGCAGCAAUGGUGCUUCAUAGUAUUCCUGUUGUCAUCUUCCUUCUCAUGCCAUUCCUUUUGCUUAUGCUGAGCUCUGGCUUGCGCUCUCCAUUUGUGACCUUUUAUGAUUUUCUGAAAGGAAUGCUAUUCCAUGCAUCGGGGAUUGUACUAGCAAUUGUUAUCCCAAUAAUCUUUUCCAUCUUGCGAUUGUUGUUCUCAAGUUAUGCGAUGAGCUGGUUUGCUCAUCCAUAUUUGGCUUUCAUGUUGUUUGUUCCCUGCUCACUCAUGGGCUUGCUUAUUCCAAGAAUUUUUUGGAGCUCUUUUCCCCUUUCUCAAGAUGCGUCAAUUCUCAAAACAUCAAAAGAGGCCCUAUCUGAUGAAGCGAGGUUUUGGGGAGCCUUUGGGUUCUACGCUCUUGAAACUUUGGCUUAUCUUGUGACUGGGCUGAGUGGAGGUUUCUUCACUUUUACUCUGUCAGCUUUUAUGCUUCCUGCAUGGAUCUUUUUUGGCCUAGCUACAAAGUUUUAUGGUCGUCAGUCACUCAGGUCAACAGUCUUUUAUGUGAUAACUCUGAUUCCAUUCCUCACAUAUUCAGCUUAUUUUGGUGGGUUUCUUGCUGAAUUUUUGAUUGAAAAGAUGGGUAUGAUGGGUGCUCUUCCUCCUCCAUUUGGGUAUUUUAUAGCUGAUAUUUUGGUAGCAGCAGUAAUUGGAGUAGCAACUGGUUGGUGUGUGGGCCCACUAAUACCCAUUUGUGGUUAUUGGCUAGCCAGGUCAUCGAUCAUGCAAUUCUUGCUUCAUGUGAGUGUGCUUGCCAUGGCUCUCUCGUCGCAGUUUUUUCCAUAUGGCACUGCUGCACCUAAAAGACUAGUUUUUCAACAUACAUUUGUUACUACAGAUGCAAAUAGGGUUGUUGACUCCAGUUAUGAGUUUGCUGUUGUGGAUUCAAAUUCUUUAUCUUUCGUUUUUAAAUACGCACCAGAAGCCGCGAAGGAGAUCCAUAUCAAUUCAGAGUUCUCUUUUGAAACUGCUAAUAUGUCUCAACGAGCAAAUUGGAUGGCAAUUUAUCCAUUAUCAUUUUUGUUCUCAAGAAGCUUGAAAUUUCCUGCAAGAAGUGAUGACAUGUUGAAACGAUAUAGAUAUCUCCCCCAUUUAUCUAAUUACAAACCACAUACAAUUUCUGGUGAUGGAGGUCGAAGAGUUCACUUGGAACUUUCCUUGGGCGACUUAGAGGAAGUUUGGGUUACAGUUGUCAACAUUACGGGUCCUCUAUCAAGUUGGUCGUUUGCAGACAAUAUACUUCCUGUAACUGAAACCCUCGACGGUGGCCCACCGUCAUACAUUUGUAGACUUAGCGGAUCUAGCCAUGACAAUUGGACCUUUUGGUUGGAGGCCAGUAGCUCUGAAGAUUUAAGGGUGGAAGUUGCUGUAUUAGACCAAGUAUUGGUUGACGAAGUCAAGAAGUUGAAAGGCCUUUUUCCGAAUUGGGUGGAUGUAAUUGCUUAUUCUAGUUUUAUGUCCAGUUAUAUUUUCUAGUUCCAUACACAAUUGUCUCUGAGACUGUCCAAGAUCAAUUUUGUCAAAGAUGAAUGACAAAAGCAAAUGCAGCAUAACAAAUUUCUUUUCUUACAACUCUUAUGACCCAAAAAACCGCGGGGAAAAUCCUUUAGAGAUGGUCGUUCAUACUUCAAAGUGUAACAAUGAAGAGUGAGUUAAUUUUAGCCGAAUGUAUCAAAAAAUAAUUUAUUGAAUAAUAUCAGUAAGUUAACUGGUGUUA